AUGCAACAAACUUCUGAAAUCGACUGGGACAAAGGUGACAAGAGUGGGCUUGUCUCCAUUGGCUCCCACAAGCUUUAUCUGUCCGUUUCGGGGCCCGAUCGCAAGCCUGGGCAGCCUAUCGCCAUUCUUAUGCAGGGCCUCGGCAGCACGAUCGAUGAGUGGGUUGCAGUGCGAGAGCUCGUGCUUCCAUUUGCUCGAUGGCUGAACUACGAUCGCUCAGGGAUGGGUAGGAGCGAAGGCCCGGAGCAGACACCAUCAAGCAUAUCCGCAGCAUCAGUUGCAGCAGAGCUCGAUGUUCUCCUGAAGAACGCUGGCAUCGAACCUCCGUUCGUCGUUGUCGCUCACUCGUGGGGAGGCUAUACUUCUCGCGAGUUUCUAGAACUAAGGCCGAGCGAUAUCGUUGGCAUGGUCUUCGUGGAUUGCAAUACUGAACUUUUUUUUGACAAUGGUGCGUGGGGUUUGGACGUUUUCUAUCCAGUCCUCGGUGGACAGGAUUUUAUGGAAACUACCGGUCUUGUGACGUCCCAUGUUCUAUCUGAGGAGGACUGGAAAGCCGUCAAAGAAGAGCAGGCUAAUCCCCGACAUCAAGCCACCGAGGCUGCUGAGAUGCAAGCGGCGCCGAAAGAUAGACUGGCAAUGGUUCCCAAGAAGCAAUUAGAGAGACAACCUCUUGGGGAUUACCCGGUCAGUGUAAUCAUAGCAAAUACACCUGGAGAUUUCCAGAAAAUGUAUGACUUUGGAGUGGCCGCAGGCAACGGCACAGAAGAAGAAAGAGCUCUGUUUCGAAAACGCCUCGAUAGAUGGCGCGAGAUGGAUGAGGACUGGCAAAGAGAACUUCUGAAACUUUCUCGUCUCAGCAGAUCAGUUCGUCUGUAUUGCAGUCACAACGUCCAGCUAGUACAGCCAGAGAGCAUAGUUCAAGAGAUACGAUGGGCCAUGGAUAGCUGCAGAUAA